GCUCUGACUCGCGCCUUCAGACUCACCGCGGAUCGUGGCUGAACGCAGCCGCAGCAUCGGACCUCUUUCCGGGCACCGAGGCGGACUCAAACGCGGAACAGCUUCGCCUCCACCGGAAGAAGGAGGAAGAGGCUCCGAGAUGUCGGGCGUGAAGAAGAGAAACUCCGGCUCCUCGGCGGGCAGGGAGGACGACGGGCAGGUGACGGAGAGGAUGCUGUCCGCGGGCUCCAGCCCGGCCGGGACGCCGGGCAGCGAAGCCAAGAGCCCCACCGCCCUGCUCCCCGCGGCGGGCGGCGAAGGGGUCGCCCUGAAGAGGACCAUCACUCUGGUGAACGGCGUGGCCAUCAUCGUGGGCACCAUCAUCGGCUCCGGCAUCUUCGUCACGCCGACCGGAGUGGUGAAGGAGGCGGGCUCGGUGGGUCUGUCCCUGAUCGUGUGGGCGGUGUGCGGGGUCUUCUCCACGGUGGGGGCCCUGUGCUACGCGGAGCUGGGGACCACCAUCACCAAGUCCGGGGGGGACUACGCCUACAUCCUGGAGGUGUACGGCUCGCUGCCCGCCUUCCUCAAGCUGUGGAUCGAGCUGCUCAUCAUCCGCCCGUCCUCGCAGUACAUCGUCGCCUACGUGUUCGCCACCUACCUCCUGAAGCCGCUGUUCCCGGUGUGCCCGGUACCGGAGACCGGAGCCAAGCUGCUGGCCUGCCUCUGCGUCCUGCUCCUCACAGUGGUGAACUGCUACAGCGUGAAGGCGGCCACCAGGGUGCAGGACUUCUUCGCCGCCGCCAAGCUCCUGGCGCUGGUGCUCAUCAUCAUCAUCGGUUUCGUCAAGAUUGGUCAAGGUGAGACAGAUGGACUUCUUCCUGCAAAUUCCUUCCAGAACUCAAAGUAUGACUUUGGCAGCAUCGGCCUGGCGCUCUACAGCGGUCUGUUUGCCUACGGAGGCUGGAACUACUUGAACCUCGUCACAGAGGAGAUGAUUGAGCCGUACAAAAACCUCCCGCGAGCCAUCAUCAUCUCUCUGCCCAUCGUGACGGCCGUUUACGUCCUCACCAACCUGGCGUAUUUCACCACGCUCUCCCCCGAACAGAUGCUGCACUCAGAGGCCGUAGCUGUGGACUUUGGAAACGCCCACCUGGGCCCCAUGUCCUGGAUCAUCACCGUGUUUGUGGGCCUGUCGUGCUUUGGCUCAGUUAACGGCUCUCUCUUCACGUCGUCCAGGUUAUUCUUUGUGGGUUCCCGGGAGGGUCACCUGCCCAGCCUGCUGUCGAUGAUCCACCCCACCCUGCUGACCCCCCUCCCCUCACUCAUAUUCACAUGUGUGAUGACGCUGUUGUACGCCUUCUCCAACGACAUCUACUCCAUCAUCAACUUCUUCAGCUUCUUUAACUGGCUCUGCAUCGCCUUGGCCAUCAUCGGGAUGAUGUGGCUUCGUUACAAGAAGCCCGAGAUGGAGCGGCCCAUUAAAGUGAACAUCCUGCUGCCUGUGAGUUUUGUGCUCGCCUGCCUCUUCCUCAUCAUCGUAUCGUUCUGGAAAACGCCGAUAGAAUGCGCCAUCGGCUUCGGCGUCAUCGGCACCGGCCUGCCCGUCUACCUGAUCGGCGUUUGGUGGCAGAACAAACCGAAGUGGCUGAUGAGAGGAAUCUUCUCGACCACGGUCUUGUGUCAGAAGGUGAUGGAAGUCGUGCCUCAGGAGUCCUAAAGUCCUCAUGACCUUUGACCUUCAGCCAGUGGCCAAUCAGAAUGCAGCCACAGUGACCUCUGACGUCUCUUACUCCACUUUGUCUCACACACACUGUGAAGCAGGUUUUUUUUUUCCUUUUGAUCACUGACGUUUUUUAUUUGGUCGUAGUCGCUGCUGUUUGUAGGUCGGACCAUGUCGAUGUUUUACACUUUAUUUAUGUCUCCGUUUGUUUUGUUUCUUUUAUUCAACCAGAUUUUUGCUCAUAAGAAGCCGAAGCGAAGCAGGACUCAUUUGCCAGGCUUUUAU